AUGCAAUCCACGCAUGCGAUCUCUCCAGGCCAAGCCUUCGAAACCGACAUACCUGAACAUAUUUCCCUCAGAACUCUCUUUGAAUCUCCGCAUGUCCACAAAGUCGUCUUCGAUGUCCGCGAUAUUUCGCAUUUUCUGUACACUGAAUGCGGUAUUUCUUCAACUGGGGUUAAGGAUCUUCAACUCAUGGAACUAGCUGUGCGCGAUAGUGUUGAAGACAAAUUGGGGGUCUAG